GGAGACAGAGUCCUAUCCUGCCUGGGCCUGAACUCCAGGGAGGAGCAUGCAGAGGAAGGCAAAACAGCUGAGAUCAUUUCCGAGGCAGGUCUGGAGACGGGCAGGAGGAGAUCUGCGGUGGGGGGCACAGCCGAACGAAGCCCCCGGAGCCUUUGCUGGGGACGGAUGAGAGAGCUGGAGUGGGGAGCCAGAUCUCUUUCCCGCCUUGUCUGCAGGUAGCCCCCCGCCUGCCCCCGCCAGCCUGCAGCCUCCGACCCCUGCCUCUUCCCCCGCAGGGUCCUCAUGGAGACCAGUCCCAGGAGUGGCUUGGCGGGGGUCCUGAAUGGCCAGGCAGCCCAAUGGGGAGAGCCCACAACUGCGGACACGGGCUUGGAGGAGGACUUGGAAGAGGUGGUCGAGGUGAGGCGGCCAGUGGCCCAGUGGACUGUCUCGGAGGUCUGCUCCUGGCUGAGCCGAGGGUCCCUGGGGGCUCAGGGGAAGCCCCUCCUGGAAGCGGCACACAGCCACGCCAUCUCCGGAAAGGCCCUGCUGCGCCUGACGAACGAGACCCUGGAGCGCAUGGGGGUUGCGCCCUGGAGCCUGCGGCAGGAGCUGCUACGCCAAGUCCUGCACCUCCGCAUUCAGCAGGAGAUGAAAGACUUGCUGGACAUUACAGGAGCGUGAUCAAGGGAGGUGAGCUGCUCUGUCUGGGAUGCAAAAAAAGGAGCUCGCUUUGGUGCCAGCCUUUCGCCGCAACUGGACCUCCGAGCAGGACGGUGGAGCCCAAAGUCCAAUGCCAGGCCAGGCUUCAAGGACUGUAGAAUGGAAGGAGCUGCUUUGCAGUUGGGACUCAGCAGUUUGCAGCCCUGGGGGCAAAGGCUUUCGUGGCAGAAUGUGGGUUUUCUUGGGGAAGGGGGCUGCCCCCCCCCAUGCCUGUAGCCUCCCAGGGGCCUCCUGCAAACAUCUGGUCAGAGGAGGAUGGCCCACGCUUUGUAGGUGAGGCGAAGGGUUGCAGCUCAGCAGCGGAAGGUAUGCUGUUUGCCAUGCAGAAGGUACAAGGCUCAACCCCUGGGAGCUGCAGGCUGGGGGGGGGGAUUCCUGCAGAGAUUCUGCCAGUCAAGGUGGGCCAUACUGUGAGCUGAAGAUGGAGAUGAACUCUCCCGGUGUGAGCUGCCCUAAGCAAUAAA